UUUCAUGUUAUUAAUUUGAUUAGAUAAGAUAUGGUAUCUUUUCGAAGAAAAUUGUGAAUAGUUUAGUCAGUUAGUUCGAAGAUGACAGUAACUUCGUUUGUAAUAAAAUGACAACACAAACUGAUGCGGUUCCUAAUCAAGUAAAGCGGCAAAAUUUUACUAGAAAAUCGUCAAUAUCUGUUAUUCCACCAAAAGUAUCAACAAUUUUGAAUUAUUUUCAAGAACCAUUCGUGGAACGUAAACACUUUAAAACAGACAAAUUUGAGUACAGUCGGUCGGGAAAUGAAGCGGGCUUGGUUUUUAUAGUAAAUCAAGAGAAUUUCUUAGACAAAGAAAUAGAACAAAGAAGAGGAAGUCGAAGAGAUGUUAACGAACUAAUUAUAUGUUUUCAAAGACUUGGUUUUAAUAUUGAUCAAAAAAAUAUACUUCCAGAUGCUACAACAGAAGUGAUACAUGAUAGAAUAAGUAAUAUUGCCGAUGAAGACUUUAGCGGUUAUAAUAGUUUAAUAUUUUUUUAUCUAUCUCAUGGUUGCGAGCAUAACAGAUUGCAUACCUAUGAUGGAACAAUCGCCGCCCACGACAUCUGGGGAAAGUUUAAAGAAAAUCCUAGUUUGAAAAACAAACCAAAAAUGUUUGUUUUCCAGGCAUGCAAAGGAGAAGGGAAGUCAACAACCGGAGCUAGUACUUCCUUCAAACCAUCAUCACUUGUACCUCCAAGUACUUUCCAAGCAAACAACUUAUAUCCUGAUUUGUUGAUAGUAUAUUCUACAGUAGAAGGUAACGUAUCGUUUAGAAAUUCUUUGCAAGGUUCAUGGUUCAUUCAAGAACUUUGUAAGAAUUUUUCUAUAUAUGGAAAACGAGACGACGUGGUCAGUCUGAUUAUAAGGACGUCAAAGUGCGUCGCUAGUAAUUACUAUCACACAAUUAAGGAGAAGGCGAUCGAUAGCAAACAAAUGCCUCUGUUUGUUUCGACUUUGAGAAAAAAAUUUUACCUUAACGUAUCGAAAGAUAGGGAUUUGCUUUUAAGAGUGAUCGAAACUAACGAACAGAUAUUAAAAGAGCUCAAAGACAUAAACAAGAAAUUGAACGACGAUGGUAAAAAGAAGAAAGAAUUGAAAUAAUUAUUUUGUGAUAAAAUAUAUAUUUAUAAUUGUUUACUUUCAUUUUAUUCAUUAUAAUAAAAGUUAUCAUUGAGAA